AUGGCCCCGUCAUGGUAUGCGGAAACGACCGAGCCCGAAGAACCAGUCGAAAAGCCGGCAGAGCCGCCUGUCAAAGGCGGUCUUUAUGUCCCAGUAUACCUGCGCGCUGGCGGCGCCAAGGUAAUCAAUCGUCAGGCGCAGCCAGACAUUGAAAGCAUCGAAGAGUUCCCUACACUGGAUGCUGUCCAAGAAAAACCGAAAAAGACCAAGCCCCCAAAAGCUGAAGCGGAUGACUCUUGGAACGAAGUUAGCAAAACUUCGCAAGGACAUCGGGCUGAUGCCUCUUCCCAUGCCUAUACUCCUCCUGUUUUUCGACAGGGUGCGGAACUUAAACCAUUUAAGCCUUCUUCAUCCUCCAAAUAUAGUGAAAACUUGGAGCAGCGGUAUGGAGGUGGUGGUGUGGCAGGCCGGGAUUCCUUCCAACUGUCCACACAGUCUUGGGUACGUGGUGCGGCACUUCCUGCGUCGUCUCAACCAUCUACAGAGCAGACAAGAUCUAGUGGCUGGGUCCGCGGAAUUCCUCAGAGCCAGCUGACUGUAAAGCCUAUCCAACGGAACCUAACGGACCUUCCUCAGGAAAAUCGCUUUGCAAGACUCGGUGAUACAUGA